CACUUUGCUCGCUUGCUUUUUGCAAUAUUGACGUUGUUACUCUUGAUUGACGUAAUAUUUCAUAUUUAUUCGUUUUAUGGCGUAAAUGUUGAAAAUUACCUAUUGUAGUGUUUCACAUGAAGCUUCCUACGUCUUUCAAUGACAAUAAAGUGCGUUACAAUUGAUUGCGAGUAGCGGAAAUUACGAAAGUGUUUCAUGUUAUACUCUUUGGAAUAGUGAACAAUGGCUAAAACUAAAGUAACGGGAGCAACUAGCAGGCUAAAACAAGACUAUCUCAGGCUUAAAAAUGAUCCUGUACCCUACGUUACAGCUGAACCAGUGCCUUCUAAUAUUUUGGAAUGGCAUUACGUGGUGAAAGGGCCGGAAAAAAGCCCGUACGAGGGAGGAUAUUACCACGGAAAAAUAAUUUUCCCCAGAGAGUUUCCCUUCAAACCGCCGUCGAUUUACAUGAUUACACCGAACGGAAGGUUCAAAACGAACACAAGACUGUGCCUUAGCAUUACGGACUUCCACCCGGACACAUGGAACCCCGCGUGGUCUAUUUCCACCAUUCUCACGGGGCUUCUGAGUUUCAUGCUCGAGAAGACACCGACGCUGGGAUCCAUCGAGACUACGGAGUAUCAGAAACGCUGCCUGGCUGCUGAAUCCUUAGAGAUAAAUUUAAAAAAUAAAAUGUUUUGUGAACUGUUUCCUGAGUACGUUGAGGAAAUAGAAAAACAACUGAAAGAGCGGCAAGAGGCCAUGCUGCAAGCCGAUAGCACCGAGCAAAGUGAGAGUGAAGUGACAUCAGAACAACAGUCGCAUAUGUACUAUAUUUUGACUAAUUUGUUUGUGCUUGUAGGAUUUGCCUUUCUUGCAUACAUGGUGAAGUACGUUCUGGUAUCCAUAUCCAAUGACUAGUGGUUGCAGGUUGUACUUUAUGUAAAUAAUGUAAUUUAUUUUGUAAAUAUGUAUUCCAUUAGCAGCGAAUAGUAUAAAUACAAAUAGACUUGAUUUAGUUAAGUGGUAAAAUGAGUUUGAGAAAUGUAUGAUGUGAAACUAAAUUACUUUUAAUAUUUUUUCUUUCUAUAUUUUUAUUUUCUAUGGAAGAUGAUGAUGAUUUGUUACACUAUAGAAUUUAUUUUGAUUUGUUUUUGUUCAUGUUCCAGGCAUCAUACAUCAUUAGUUGCAUAUGCAAGGCCUUAUUGCAACUCUAGAGAAAGUCGUUGUGAUAUUACCUUAGUUAUUUAAGGCAAUAUUUAAUUUGUUACCAUUGUUAGCCAUCAUUAAUAAAAAUAUCAUUAGGUAGUUCUUUAAUUCACUGUUUAUGGUAUAUGCAUAAAUAUUUUAUUUCAAAAAAGUUUAUUUUAUAUUUUCGUCAUAAUUACAUUUAUAUAAAAAUUAAACCUAUUAAAGUACCAAACUUAACUAAACAAAAAAUAUAGUUUCUAGUAAUCUAUAUUUAAUUAAUUCAAUACAUUAAAUACACUUUCAAUUUACAUCAGCUGUAAUUCAGGUAAUUUUCUUUGAAUAAUAUUCAAAGAUUAUGCCCUAAAUAUUUAAAAAAUUGUCAUGUUUUUGUAGAUGGUAUCUUUGUUUAGUUAAAGAAUUUUAGCACUAAAAUUUAAAUACAGUGGACAGAUUAUAUUUUAUUGGUUGUUUAUUUAUAAACUAAUUUCUGCUUCCAGAAUGCAGGAUAUGUUAUCCUUAAAUAAUUAAUGUUUUGAAGAAAUUCUUGUACUUGUAAUAGCAUGUACUGCAUUUAUUUAUUGUAUGUCUUAUCUCAGAAAAAUAAUAUAAUUUGUAAAGGUGGUGACUGUCUUCUGUACUCGACUGGCUUUUAAUGUUACCACACUGAAAGUGUGCGAGUUGUGGCACUACAAAGCUACUUUGUAUUAUUAUGAUAAAAUAUUAGUAAUAGAGCACUUGAAUUUGAAGUUAUAGAUAAUAAAGGCAUCUUGUAAACAAAUUUGUAUGUUAUGCUUCUGCAAUCACUGUAACUUGAUUUUAUUACUGCAGCAAAAAUCAAAAGCAGUAAACUGUUAUUUUUAUAA